UAACCUAAAAGCAAACGAAAGAUAGAAUAAGAAAUGAUACUGAACAGCCGUGCACUAGAACGUUGGUGGAUGUGAAAUAACAAUAACACUUGGAGUAGUCGUGACGAAGUCCUGUCCAGUUUUCUCCGUCGUCCGAUUAAACUCUUGCACGAACGGACGUUGAAGCCUCUGUUUCGUAUCUCUAUGCUCCUCGACACUAGAACAGCCGAUUAUCGUUGCUUUGUACUGGCAGUACGUUAUUUAUCGAACGACUCAACGGAGAAACGAGGAGGAAGGGUACAACCAUGUGUCGCCGCUGUACCUUGAAACGUCACAGAUCACGCUGGACGAACUCUUGAGCGGGAUCGCAAGACGCGCUGCUGCUACCGAAGCAUUCAACCUGGCGGAAUUGUCGAAGAAACGCAAGACGUACCUCGGGGAGCACUGGCUCGCGCUCACGCGAAUAUGAGCAUGACUCUCGUCCGCAAUACGUUCAAAGGUUGCAGCGAGGACGAGGCAGCAGGUGUCGUGAACGUGGAGGUGGGCGGAGGUUGCGCGGCCGGGGCGCCAACCACAGGAAGUGGCGUUGGAGGUGGUAGCGGCACAGGUAGCGAAGCCGGUGGUGGUGGUGGAGGCGGUGGUGGAGCAGGAACAGGAACAGGAGGAGGCGGAGGAGGCGUUCGUGGCGGCGGCGGUAGCGGUGGCGGCGAGGGCGGAUCGACGAAGCAGGGUGGCGAGAAGUGUCCCCAGUGCGGCUUCCUCUGUCGGGACGUCCACGUGCUUCAGCUCCAUCUCGAGGACACGCACAAGACCCCGUACGCCAUCGACAAGAACGAUCUCAACGCUCAAUUCCCUCAAGUGUCCUGCAGGGUGUGCAGCAAGACUUUUGCUAACGUCUACCGACUCCAGAGGCACAUGAUCAGCCAUGAUGAGAGUGCCGUGCUUCGUAAGUUUAAGUGUCCCCAUUGCGAGAAAGCCUUCAAGUUUAAGCAUCACCUCAAGGAGCACCUUCGCAUUCACAGCGGUGAAAAGCCAUUCCUAUGCAACAACUGCGGCAAGCGUUUCUCCCAUUCGGGCUCGUAUUCGAGUCAUAUGACCUCGAAGAAGUGCCUGAUAGUAAACUUAAAAAAAUCCAGGCAUACGAAUGUGAGCAACGUGGAUCGUGGUCCGAAAAAGGCGCAACAACCCCUGCCGCCAGGGCGGCGCGAGGUCGAUCUGCUCGCGGCGAAUAAUAACACUUUCCUCCCUAUUCUGCCGAAGCUUUCACCCUCGGAUUAUCAGGAGAUACAACGGGAAGGAGCGGGUAUUUACGAUAUGCCGACCCUUCUGCCACAAAUGAUGGGCUUCGGCAGCUACUUUCUGCAGGCAUCCUUGGGCAAGAUCUUAAAUCAGCUACAUUCCAAGAGAUUGGACGAGGUAGCCGAGAAAUUCGAGUCUCAUCGGGAGCUCAUGAGCCCGUCGACGGCGGACUCUGAGGGCACGGAGGGCACAGAGGGUAAGGAAUCACCAGCACCGACCGAUCCUCAGGGUCUUGACGCGGUUCGACGUAUCCUUGAAACGGUGAACACCUCCGUCACGAAGCAACUGCUCGAGGCGAACGUGAGGAAACUGUCCACCUCGCCGGCCACGAUGAAACGAGAGUUCGAGGAGGAUUAUCAAGAUCAAGACAGCGAGAUGUCCAGCGAGAUGGCACAUUAUCCAGACUGGUCAGCAGCGGAUCAAUAUGAUUCGCAGAGUGAAGGUUUGGCGGCGAAGCUUGAGGAUGUGAAUCAACCCAGUGCGAAAUCAGGUUACAAGAGAAAAGCGGAGGAUAGCUCGGAGGCGGACUCGGAGGACGAGGAGGAUGGUACACAGACGCACAAUGAUAACGGAAGAAGAGUCAGGGCUAGAUCGUUGAUAGACGAUGAACAAUUGGCUGUUCUCAAGGGUUACUAUGCCAUUAAUCCUCGACCCAAGAAGGAGGAGAUCAUCAUGAUUGCCAAUUACAUCAAUUUUCCUACUCGUGUCGUACAGGUUUGGUUCCAAAAUUCCCGAGCGAGGGACCGACGAGAAUCGAAGAUACCACCUCUAGUACCAUUGGCAAAUCCGACCAGUCAGACCGCGUACGAACAACCAUUAGAUUUGUCGAAGAAAGAAGCUCUCACAGAGACGGCGUGCAAAGACAGUGAAACUGUUUGUGCAAAAUUCACAUCGUCGUCUCCCGUUGAACCGAAAAACGAUAAUGCGCCAUCGCAUAAUCAAGACGCGGAUGAUCUGGAGGAUUCGCCACUCGUUAUCGACGAAGAGACCACCGAUUCUGUAGAAACGAAACGUACGGCCCCGAUGGGGGGAGAAAUUGUUCCGAAGAGUCAACCUCAGACAAAUGUAAAGAACGAAAGUGAAAACACGAAUCAACCAGAGGCUUCGCCAGCAGCAGAGAUCGAGCAGGGUGUCUACUUCUGUGAUCGGUGUGACAAAACAUUCUCCAAGCACAGUUCCCUAGCAAGACACAAAUAUGAACAUUCCGGGCAAAGGCCGUACAAAUGCGUGGAGUGCCCAAGGGCGUUCAAGCACAAGCACCAUCUGACCGAACACAAGCGACUGCACAGCGGCGAAAAGCCCUUCCAGUGCUCCAAGUGCCUCAAGCGCUUCUCUCACUCCGGCUCCUACAGCCAACACAUGAAUCAUCGUUACUCUUACUGCAAGCCGUAUAGAGAAUAGAAGUAUUCCCGUUUAGUUGAAACGAAAACUCUCUCGCUGACUUAGCUAAGUAUGUACGGUCCUUUUUUCCUUCUACGACAAGGGACUCAGCAUUUAAUGAAGAAAAAGAAGCGAAUUUAAAAACGGGAAAUAAUAUUAUAUCUCGCGACAAAAUAAAACGCCUGGGAACCACGUUAGGAGAACGACAAGUACACCUAGCGACGAAUUUUUCCAAACGCGAUCUCGCGCACGCAUUUUACCCGCGAAAAGGCUUGCGUUAAACACAGCAAAUAAUAAUCAAAGCCUAAAAAAUAUAUUUAACUGGAGAAGGAAACGCAUGUUGAUCGGAAAGGAAAAUGAAAAAUGAAAUGCUAUUCUGAAGAAAAAAGAAAAAGAAUAGAAGAUCGAAUGAUACGUUGUAUUAAAAAGAUUAAAGAAGAUAGCGAAUGAGACUCGAUAGUCGCGACUCUCCUGUUCAAGCAAACAACAUCGUCCAAGUGUCACGUGAGUUUCUUCUCAAGUUCGUUCUCGCUGAAAUAAAGAAAGGAGCUAAAAAUGAUAAAAAAAAAGGAAGCAGAAAAGCAAAAAGCAAAAAAAAAAUGAAUUCGCAGCGACCUUGAGUCGACGAGAAUUAAAAAAAAGGAAACCAAAUACGCAACGGUACCAAAAAUGCAUAAUGCAAUAAUCUAUUAUAUAUUAUAUAUAAUAUACAUAAUAUUUUAGUAUUUUUAUUAACAAGAUUAUUAUAUAUACCAUGACAAUAAUAAGGAAACUAAUUAACGUACAAAUUUGUUAGCCACGUUCGCACGGGGCACGCGAUGUAAUUCAGUCGCGACGCGCAAAUUGGCGAAGGGAUAUGGUGACGUGAUUUGAAUGUUUCAUUUUUGACCGAGUUGCGCGUGUGCAGUUGUACAUUUAAUAACGAACGAAUUAAAAUUCAAAGUAAUAUCCUGUACUGGAAAGUAACAAUGUUUAAAAAGUGCAGAAACCAUUUUCUAGAUAUUUUUACCAAAUAAUUAAUUUACAAGAAAGGAAGGAAAGUUAAAAGUGGUGGAAAAAUAAUCUUUCGUUUCUGAGACAUCCAAUCGAAUGAUAUUCUUCAGCCUUAAUUCCUUCGUUCGCUAAUCUUUUGGAACAGCACGAAGUUUGAAACAUAUUAAGAAUUCAAAGUAUAAAAAUUCAUAUUACUAAAAAGACAAAAAAAAAAAAAAGGAUAAGUGCGCGCGUGCAAUUGGAUAAGAACGAACACCAAAGGUAAAUGCUGGGAAAGGUUGAAGCACCGGACAAAAAGAGAAUACAUUUGAAUUUAAACCGCUAAACUGAGAGAGCUUAAACGCAAAUUCCGAUGAAUCGCUGAGAACGGAGACUAGAAUUUCUAGUCGCCUGGUCUAUCCUCAUCGUCGAGAGAGCUUUUUUCAAGCUCGAUGCAGGAGGAUUCGGCCAAAUUACGAUUUAUUAUAGCGUCGAGGUGUUUCUGGGCCUUAUCUAUCGGUGAUCGAUGCCAUAACGUAUAAUUUUCGAUUCUUGUGUACUUACUUUAAAUCCAAAUCACAUCUUCGUAUAUUUCCAUAAUGUUACGUGAGAGAUUCAUAUAUUUCAAGUUCAUUUUUUUUUGCAGAUCUCACGAUAGUUUUAUAAUACCAAUCGUAUAUAAAUUAGUUCUUACUCUCAGUUAUUAACACUAGAACUAUCAAAUAUGUUAAGAUGACCGUUUCUAGCUUUCUUUUUUUUUUUUUUUUUUGUUUGUAAUUACUAAAAACACGUAAAAGCUUUUGAUAAAAUUAAUGUUAACGUAUAUUUGGAUCGAAAUACGAUUAUAUACUUGUACUUUACUUUUAUCAUACUACCUUAAUUACAAUUAUUUAUAUAUUUGUAUUUUAUAUAGUUCUAGUGUUAAUUUUAAUAAUUAUUUAAGUAUUUUGUACAUUGUUUUCUCUUUCUGUAAGUUAAAUUUUCUUUAUUUUCUUAAGUUAUUCAGACAUACGAUAAGUAAAGCUUCAAGCAAUGCACGUAUUUCUCGAUUUAUUCAACAUUGUUAUUAUUUAAUAUUUGAAUCUCCGCGUAUCAUCCAUUUACGCUAAAAGGAAAAGAUUUAGAAAAACGAAUGUUUCGCAUCGUAGGAAGAAACAAAAAAAAUGCCUUAGACAUUCCGUAAAAAUCAACGCGCUACCGGUGCUCCUUUUUUAGUUAUUCAUAGAUCACGAAACAUCACCAUGGCCUCUCGUACUUUUUGUAGAGCUCAUAUGGUCUCGUUGUCAUCAUAAGAGAUUUCAAUUGAACCCGACGAGCUCAUCACAUUUGUUUCUGGCGCCUGAAAGGGAAAUGGCAUCGAGAACCUUGCAAUACAAAAAAAAAAAGAAAAGAAGAAAAAAAAGAAA